AUGGCUCAAAAGAAAGCUAGUAGCUUGUCAAAUUGUUCUAGUAAAAAUAAGGACUGGUCAGUGUAUACUGAUAAAGAAUGUUAUGUUGCAGGAAUGGUGUUAAGCGGAGUUGGAGAUGUACUCGGAUUUAAGAACGCACAAGCUUAUAAAGACUCUAUGUUUGAUAUGAAAGGCAGAGCGGCUGGCUUAACAUGCAUGGAAAUGUGCAAAAGACUAGACCCGUACAAACAAAAUGGCUAUCGUAUUCCUUACAGCACAUUAGGGGGAGGCUGUGGAACUGCUAUGAGAUCAAUGUGUAUUGGAUUGAGAUACCCAAGACCUAAAGACAUACAUGCUUUAGUAGAAGUUAGCAUAGAACCUGGAAGGAUGACGCAUCAUCAUCCGACUGGGUACCUUGGAUCUUUGGCCUUUGCUCUGUUUGCAUCGUAUGCUGUUCAGAAUAGAGAAAUCGGUUCAUGGGGAGUUGGGUUACUUGAAACCACCAGGCUAGCUAAACGCUAUGUUCGAAAUAAGGGUUUAUUUGUUGAGGAAAAUAUGUAA